CGCAAAACCAUCAACUCUGCUGAAAACCGUUCGAAAUGAAGAGGACACAGAACAACAACGCGAAUUAAAGUUGGCAAAUACUUCAAAGAUCGACUCUCAGCUGCCCUCUCGAUCCACAUGGCCACGUUCAACGGAGAAGGAGUAAAUCACCUGUUAGUAGAAGUGAGUCCUGACAUCCACAUCUGUGGCUUCUGCAAACAGCAGUACAACAACGUUGAACACUUUUUCGCACAUAAGCAAAACUGCUGCCAGAUCCCGUCGACUCAUAUAUCAGCCCGAAACGCUGGACCCAGUGAGUCGUUUCAGACAUGUUUACCAAAAGUCAAGAAGACCCUCACCAAAGCUCAGAAAACCCCCUCCAAAAAGCUGAAACCUGCACUAAGUCAAAAAAGGCACAUAUGCACAUUCUCAGGUUGUACAUUCAAAACUCAGUAUGGCCAAAAAGACAUGGAGAGACAUAUUUUAACACAUACUGGUGAGAGGCCUUUCGAGUGUGAACUUUGCCAUAAACGCUUCAGUCGUCGUGAUAAGCUUAAUCUCCACAGCCGUUUGCACACGGGAGAGAAACCACACAAGUGUAAGUACUGUCCGUACGCGGCGGCCGACAGCAGUAGCCUGAAGAAGCAUCUUCGCAUCCACUAUGAUGAGAGACCCUUUAAGUGUCAGAUAUGCCCCUACGCCAGCCGCAACUCCAGCCAACUGACCGUUCACCUCCGAUCGCACACAGGUGACGCCCCGUUCCAGUGCAAUCAAUGCGAUGCCAAAUUCAAGAUCAACUCUGACCUGAAGCGUCACAGUCGGGUUCACUCCGGCGAGAAGCCUUAUAAGUGUGAACUCUGCGAGUACCGCUGUGCCAUGAAAGCCAAUUUAAAAUCGCACGUGCAGCUGAAACACAGUGCCUCCGACUCCUUCCGCUGCUCCAAAUGUGACUUCCAGUGCUCCACCAAAGCCGCCCUUCGACAUCAUUCCCGCCAGCACCAACCCGCCCAGCCUUUGCAGUGCAGCGAGUGCAGUUACUCCUGCUCUAGCAAGGGGGCGCUCAAGAUCCACGAGCGUGUGCACUCGGACGAACGGCCGUUUAAAUGUGAGCACUGUUCGUUUGCUAGCAAGCAGCGUAGUAAUUUGUUAAUUCACAGGAGAAAGUGUCACGCGGAUAAACCGGAAAAGCAGGUUAAGUCCGGACGAGGAAGCGGGAUGGGGGAGGAGCCACCCAAACCUCUUAGCUCGCGUUACCGUGCAAGACUGGAAGCGGCAAGGGCGUUUCGUUGCGAUUUAUGCGAAGCUUCGUUUGUUAGGGAGGAUUCUCUUCGCAGCCACAAGAGGCAGCAUAACAGUAAUGCGCAACAACCCGGACAAACCUCGGUUGCGACCGACACGCCGUCUUCUUACAGCACGACGCAUCUUAAGAUCAUCAUGGCGCCAUCUAUAGGACCGGAGGCUACUUUUGUCCAAGCUUCCUCAGGAAAGCCUGCAACUGUUCUGCUCAGUCCGGAAGAUCACGAUGUUCUUUUGAACCCUGUAAUACAACACGUCAACAUGCUAGGACCAGAAUCCGGGCUCGAGCACCAGACAGUUUUACUCACUCAAAUUGACUCCGGUGAAACCACCUCUCAAACCAGUACUCAAAAUUUUAUCGCCUCCUGUUCUGCGUCCGCUUCCGACGCCACGCACACCAUCAUAACAUCCUGUUCUGACCUGGAAAGCCUCCACAAGCUCAUCCAGGAAGGCGGGACUGAGGUUACGGUGGUGACGGAGGCAAAUCCGACGAUUAAUGUUGCAAAAGAACCCUUGAACAUUGAUGGUUCCUCAUCUCAGGAUGUGUCUAAGCAUGCAGAGGGUGAAGAUAGUUUAGAAAUGGGCCCACCAGAAACCAUUCUUGUUCAAAGUCUCCCUUUGUCGAUUUCAACACAGGACCAACAGGCUAACAAGUACCAUUUGUCUCCACAACAUUUAUUUUCAGACUCCAAUACGGUGGACAUCAGUGAUUCGUAGUUACGCAAAUAACGAGAUUUCACUUUGAUAGACUUUAAAUAGGGUAGACGGCAUAUUGAAUUUAACAGGGAUGAAAAUGAGGCUGUGAGGAAUGAUUUUACAGCUGUUUUAUGGAUUUUUUUUCUACUGAAAAUUUUUGUUGGUUACACAUGCUGUGAGAUGGACAGUCUGUAAACAGCAAUACAAUCCAUUUUUAUUCCUCAAAGCCGUUUUCAUUCCUGUCAAAAAUUAAAUAUGGCACUAUAUGGAUUAAGGUCUGUCGUGAAGGUAAAAUUAGUUGUUUGUUUCAUUACUUUCCUUUUUUUUUUGUUUGUUUUUUUAAUCCAACCAGUGUUUUAUUCAUGUUGUGUUGGAAUUACUGUAAUUUAGGACUGCAAAAUGAUUACACUGUAAAAAAUAAAAAUUUGUUGAGUCAGCUUAAAAUAAUUUGUUACUCUACUGCCUUAAAAUUUUAAGUUCAGUCAACUAAAAUAAGUUUAGUCAACUUGAAAUGUUAAGUUGUACUAAAAAAUAUUUGUGUUUGCUAAACUUGAUGGGUAAGUGGGUAACCCAGCUGCCUUAAAAUUUUAAGUUGAUUCAAAUCAAAUAUUUAAGUUGUCACUUUGUAUAAUUUAACAUUUGAAGUUGAAUAAACUUUUUUUGAGUUAACUGAACUUAAAAUUUUAAGGCAGCCAGGUUACAAAUUAUUUUAAGUUGACUCAACAAAUUGUUUUUUGCAGUGUAGUCGCAAUUAAUCGAUUUAAAGUAAGUUUGUUUGCAUACUACUCUGUAUAUUUAUUAUGAGUAUAUAAAUACACAUACAUGUGUACAAAGAAAAUUUUUUAGAUUUAUAUGUAAAAUAUUUAUAUUUAUAUAUAAUAUAAAUUAUAUACAAGUAAAAUAUUGUUUUAAAUAUAUACAUAUAUGUGUGUAUUUAUAUAUACAUAAUGAAUAUACACAGUACACACACAAAUAGUAUGUAAACAAACUUUUAUUUUGAAUCGAUUAAUUGUGACUAAUCAUUUUGCAGCCCCACUGUACUUAUAAGAAUUAUAAAACUCAGAAAUGUUUCAGUUGGAAAUUACAACAAAAGACUGUCGGAAAUGUAGGAAAUGAUAACAAAAGACUGUACUACAUUCAUUCACAUUGAAAUACAAUGGAAGCCCACAAGGUAACACUAGUAAAUAUGCUGUUGAGAUUAAUACCUAGCUAACUCUGUUCAAACUUCUGCCGUUUUGGUUUAAUCAUGCACAUUAGUGAGAGAAUUCAGAGCUUUCAUUAAAUUAAGAGUCUGAAUGAAUCUUUUCAAGUUGAAAAUGUGUAUUUAUGGCAAUUCCAUUAAUUCUGACAAGAUCUGAAUGCAGCGUAACGUAUAAAGGUUGGCGUGUUGGAUCAGGGAGUCCCUGUUAAAGUAAUAUUGAAUAUUAAAGUAAUGCAUAAAUCAAAAGUGGACGAAUUAUGUUUUUUCCUCUCUUCUACAGUGAAAUAAACAUUCCCCUUUUUUAAGUCA